AAUAGUCAGAAUGCACCUCUGCUUACUGUCUAACUUGUUUACGUAAAUAAAUAUCUGUUUUCCAUCAAUCUUUCUGCUCAAGCUUAUCUUCGAUCAUCAAGUUUCUCAGAACAAAAAAUAAUGGAGAAAGCAAUCAACAGGCAAAAAAUUCUUCUUGAUCAUCUCCGUCCUCCUUCUUCUUCCAAUCACAAUUAUAAAGCUUUUCUUUCUGCAUCUAAUUGUGCAGCUGGGGAUUCAGCUGCUUAUUACAGAACCAGUGCUUUUGGUGAUGAUGUUGUCAUAGUAGCUGCAUACCGUACUCCACUUUGCAAAGCAAAACGAGGUGGUUUUAAGGAUACAUUUCCUGAUGAUCUUCUUGCUACAGUUUUGAAAGCCUUGAUAGAGAAAACAAAUCUGAAUCCUGGUGAAGUUGGGGAUAUUGUUGUGGGAACUGUCUUGGCCCCAGGCUCUCAGAGAGCCAUGGAGUGCAGGAACGCAGCAUUUUAUGCAGGUUUCCCAGAAACCGUUCCUUUAAGAACUGUAAACAGGCAAUGUUCUUCAGGACUUCAGGCUGUUGCUGAUGUAGCAGCAGCCAUUAAGGCUGGAUUUUAUGAUAUUGGAAUUGGUGCUGGAUUAGAGUGCAUGACAAUAAACCAAAUGGCGUUUGAUGGAACUGUGAAUCCCAGAGUAAAAGAUUUUGUGAAAGCCCAAGAUUGUCUUCUUCCUAUGGGUGUGACUUCAGAAAAUGUUGCAGAGCGUUUUGGUGUGUCAAGAGAAGAGCAGGAUCAAGCAGCCGUGGAGUCUCACAGGAAGGCUGCUGCUGCCACCGCCGCUGGUAAAUUUAAAGAUGAAAUCAUACCAGUACACACAAAGAUUGUUGAUCCUAAAACCGGAGAUGAGAAGCCUAUUACAGUUACUGUGGAUGAUGGGAUCCGGCCGAACACAACUGUUGCAAACCUGGCGAAAUUGAAGCCUGUUUUCAAGAAGAGUGGGACAACUACUGCAGGAAACUCUAGCCAGGUGACGGAUGGUGCUGGAGCUGUUCUCCUGAUGAAGAGAAGUGUCGCAAUGCGUAAAGGGAUCCCUAUUCUUGGCGUGUUUAGAACUUUUGCUGCAGUUGGAGUUGACCCUGCUAUCAUGGGAGUUGGCCCAGCUGUUGCAAUCCCAGCUGCUGUCAAAUCUGCUGGCUUAGAGCUUGAUGACAUUGAUCUCUUUGAAAUUAAUGAAGCAUUCGCCUCUCAGUUUGUGUAUUGUCAAAAGAAGUUGGAUCUCGAUCCCGAAAAGAUCAAUGUAAACGGAGGGGCAAUGGCAAUAGGUCAUCCUCUGGGUGCAACAGGUGCACGUUGUGUUGCUACAUUGCUGCACGAGAUGAAGCGUCGUGGCAAAGACUGCCGAUUUGGGGUUGUAUCAAUGUGCAUAGGCACUGGCAUGGGUGCCGCAGCUGUGUUUGAGAGGGGGGAUACUACCGAUGAGCUAUGCAACGCACGUAAGGUCGAAACGCAUGCACACCUCUCCAAAGAUGCUAAAAUAUGAUUUGGAAUUGCAACAUUUGGUGACAAGUCUUCUAUGAUAUAAACAUUGCUAUCAAUUGUGUUCCAAAGUGUAUAACCUUACAUCCUUUAAACUGUUUUCUUACCAUAUGAUCUACAUUAGAAUAGAAAGUGGAUUAUUCGAGUAGUUUCUGCUGCUCAAAUGUGGAAUGUAUUGCAGAAGAUUAUAGAAUUUGAUAUGUUGAAUAUUUUUAGAUUAUCAAAAUAAAGGGAAAAUACUAAAUUUUCCUAUUAUUCAUUCAAA